UCAGUUUCUUGUCCUCCUGCAUAGCAGAGAACGUCCACGAAAUGAAUCGACUACUGCUAGCGUUCGGGCUCGUCUGCUUACUGCAGGGACUCUCUGCUGAGCCGAGACCAGAGUUUGCGUUGAACGGUACCGUCCCAGCAAGCGUUCGCAUUACGGCGGUGAAAACCGAUGCUAAUGUCACUGCGACAGCCAUCAAGGCGCUUACCGUGACCAAUGUUACCUCCGGAUUUGCGGGGCUAGUCGGUACAAAGACUCAGAUUGAAAAAGUCAUCACGCAGUUCGAUACAAAGGCUCAGUCCAUCCUUGCCGCAUACGAUACGCUGCUGGCUGCUAACGAUGGCAACGUCGCUACACAGUUCAACGCCUUCGUCACCACCAUCAAUGCAACGAUAACUUAUAUCGCGACCGACGCCAGCAACGUUACGGCCGAGCUGGGCGUGUUCAACUACACCGGUAUCUCGGAUGAGCUGACGGACGCGUUCGAGCGCAUCCUUACCGGUUUGACCGAUCUGAGAGCGAAGACCGUCACUGUGCAGACGGGUAUCCAGGCCGCAGUUAACAGCGCAUCAUCGGCGACAAUCAGUGCGGACAUUCUGCGCCAGUUCGUGCCACUGCGCACCAUGUACGAUCUGCUGCGCGCGGCCAGCAACCUGCGUGCCUACCUGCCGCUGGUGCAGUAUAUUCUGACCACCACGAUCGAGAACAUCGCGGAGGCGGACAGUUACUUGAUGAAUCUGAAGUCACUUCUGUCGACGGGCGUUUCGUCAGAAGCGAGCAAAUACGGUGUUGAUAUCGAGAAGGUUACCAGCGAAAUUGAAGCGCAGCUUGCAGCGGAUUUUGCUGGCGAGGCCGGCACUGCUAAUGCCACUUACUAUACUGUGAAUCAGUAUUCAAACAUUAACAGAGCCGCAAACCAUAGCGAUCUAAUGAGUACACUCAGCACGCUGAACACUCUGUUCACCACCACCACACUGGCGGGCAAAACGGCCACUCUCGGUUCGGCAUUUGAUAAAAUUAACACAUCACUGACCACCCUCGUCAGUCAGCUGCAGAACUCAACCGAUGUGCUUACGAAUCCGCUCGUCAAGGAGCUGGUUGACACGCUGAUGGGUAAUGACGAGUACGGUCGCUACUGCUACCACAAGUACAAGGAUCUGGUUCAGGGUCUGUUUGGACAGUCUUUCGAUUCGGCCUGGCAGUGUGUGGACAAGGAGUACGAGCGUCUCGAAUACUUGAAGGUCACGCUUGCGUUCAUCGUCGACAUCCUGGCUUUCGAUUACGAAGAUAUCCCAGUGCAAGCCGAAGUGUGCAAUACACUUACUUCUGACGACAAUCUGAAUAGCUGCGUGUUAGCGCUUACCAAAUACUACAAGGACCUGUUCGUAGCCACUGCCGAUAAGGUAACCCAAGUGUUCCAGUUCGCCACGGAUGAGGCCGCAGCCAGCGAGAACCGUAUCCUAAUCUGCUUCCAGCUGGUCAACAUUGAAGGAUCCGUCACGGCAGUGGAGGAGAUCAGCGCUGAUCUAGCCACCUGCUCCAUCAGUGGCCCACGCGGCUCGGAUUAAAUAACAAAAUCCAGAAAAAUAAUGUAAUCUACCAGUACGCCUCGGUAAGGAAAGGUUGCCAGAGAAAUAGUUUCAAUAAACGCAACGACCCUAGCUGCGCAAGGCUUUAUCGUAGCUAGGAAAAAAUCUAAAUCUCAA